CGAGGCACUUCCGACGCCGUUUAUCAACACUGACAGUAUUGACAGAGUUUAAUGUGUGUGCCGCUGAACGGUGGCGUCAACCAUGGAGGUCCUGGGAGGAGAGUUUAGCGACAUGAGUCCUCAGGAGCUGGCGGCUCCUGUCAACACUGUGGCGGAAAAAUGGAAACUGUUACCAGCCUUCCUGAAGGUAAAAGGUUUGGUGAAGCAGCACAUCGACUCGUUCAACUACUUCAUCAACGUGGAGAUAAAGAAAAUUAUGAAAGCAAAUGAGAAAAUCACAAGUGAUGCUGAUCCGAUGUGGUACCUGAAAUACCUCAAUAUUUAUGUUGGCAUGCCUGACGUUGAAGAAAGCUUCAACGUGACCAGACCGGUCUCUCCUCAUGAGUGUCGUCUCAGAGACAUGACCUACUCAGCGCCCAUCACAGUGGACAUCGAGUACACCCGCGGCAGUCAGAGAAUCAUUCGUAACGCGCUGCCCAUUGGAAGGAUGCCGAUCAUGCUGCGGAGCUCCAACUGUGUUCUCACAGGAAAGACGCCCAUGGAGUUUUCAAAGCUCAACGAAUGUCCGCUGGAUCCAGGAGGUUAUUUUAUUGUGAAAGGUCAGGAGAAAGUCAUCCUGAUCCAAGAACAGCUGUCUAAGAAUCGAAUCAUCGUGGAGCAGGACAGGAAGGGUGCAGUCGGAGCCUCGGUGACCAGCUCUACUCAUGAAAAGAAAAGCAGAACCAAUAUGAUUGUAAAACAAGGCAGGUUCUACCUGAGACACAACACUCUGUCUGAGGACGCUCCCAUCGCCAUCAUAUUCAAGGGUAUGGGCGUCGAGAGCGACCAAGAGAUAGUGCAGAUGAUCGGUACCGAGGAGCACGUCAUGGCCAGCUUCGCCCCGAGUCUGGAGGAGUGCCAGAAGGCCCAGAUCUUCACACAGACUCAGGCUCUCAGGUAUCUCGGGAACAAAGUGAGGCGACAGCGCAUGUGGGGAGGCCCCAAGAAGACCAAGAUGGAGGAGGCCAGAGAGCUGCUGGCGUCUCUCAUCCUCACACACGUGCCUGUCAAAGAGUUUAACUUUCGGGCGAAGUGCAUAUACUUGGCCGUGAUGGUUCGGAGGGUGAUUCUGGCUCAAGGCGACAACAAGGUGGACGACAGAGAUUACUACGGCAACAAGCGUCUGGAGUUGGCUGGACAGCUGCUGUCUCUGCUGUUUGAAGAUCUGUUCAAGAAGUUUAACUCUGAGCUGAAGAAAAUCGCCGACCAGAUCAUCCCCAAGCAGAGAGCAGCUCAGUUCGACGUGGUCAAGCACAUGCGGCAGGAUCAGAUCACUAACGGCAUGGUCAAUGCCAUAUCCACGUCAACUUUGAGAGUUUCCUUCCAUCCGUCAUUGUGUUUCAAUGAUAAAGUCGAGGAGAGAGGCUCCUCAGUGGUUGAACUGCUUCGGUUUGUGAUGUUUGUCUCCCGCAGGCCGUACAUCAUCGUGAAGAAAGCCGUGCCGAUGGUGAAGAACAAACACAUUGAGGAUCUGUCUCAGGGCUACAGAACCUUUGAGGAUUUCCUGCACGAGGGUCUGGUCGAGUAUCUGGACGUCAACGAGGAGAACGACUGUCAGAUCGCGCUUUAUGAAUACAUGAUUAACAAAGACACGACGCACUUGGAGAUCGAGCCUUUCACUCUCCUCGGAGUGUGCGCCGGCCUCAUUCCCUACCCCCACCACAACCAGUCGCCCAGGAACACAUACCAGUGCGCUAUGGGCAAGCAGGCCAUGGGAACUAUCGGCUACAACCAGAGGAACCGUAUCGACACUCUCAUGUACCUGCUGGCGUAUCCUCAGAGGCCGAUGGUCAAGACAAAAACCAUCGAGCUGAUUGACUUUGAGAAGCUGCCGGCCGGCCAGAACGCCACCGUGGCCGUGAUGAGCUACAGCGGCUACGACAUUGAGGACGCUCUGGUCCUGAACAAAGCUUCUCUUGACAGAGGAUUUGGCCGCUGCCUUGUCUAUAAAAAUGCCAAGUGCACACUGCGGCGUUACACCAACCAGACCUUUGAUAAGGUGAUGGGGCCCAUGCUGGAUGCCGCCACACGAAAACCCAUCUGGAGGCACAACAUCCUGGACGCUGACGGCAUCUGCUCCCCUGGUGAGAGAGUGGAGAACAAGCAGGUGUUGGUGAACAAAUCCAUGCCAACUGUCACCCAGACACCACUGGAGGGCAGUACCCAGCCAGGCCAGCCCCAGUACAGAGACGUGCCCAUCAGCUACAAGGGCUCGACCGACUCGUACAUCGAGAAGGUCAUGAUCUCGUCCAACGCUGAGGACGCUUUCCUCAUCAAGAUCCUCCUGAGGCAGACCAGGAGGCCCGAAAUAGGAGACAAAUUCAGCAGUCGACAUGGACAGAAAGGUGUUUGCGGCCUCAUCGUUCCGCAGGAGGACAUGCCGUUCUGUGACACGGGCAUCUGUCCAGAUAUCAUCAUGAACCCUCACGGAUACCCGUCCAGAAUGACGGUGGGGAAGUUGAUUGAGCUGCUGGCCGGGAAGGCGGGAGUCCUGGACGGCAGGUUUCACUACGGGACGGCCUUCGGAGGCAGCAAGGUGAAGGACGUGUGCGAGGACCUCAUCCGUUAUGGAUACAACUACCAGGGCAAAGACUACGUCACCUCAGGAAUCACUGGGGAACCUCUGGAGGCUUACAUCUACUUUGGACCAGUGUACUAUCAGAAACUGAAGCACAUGGUUCUGGACAAGAUGCACGCCAGAGCCCGAGGCCCCAGAGCCGUUCUCACCAGGCAGCCGACGGAGGGUCGCUCCAGAGACGGAGGUCUGCGUCUGGGCGAGAUGGAGCGCGACUGUCUGAUCGGCUACGGAGCGAGUAUGUUACUGCUGGAGCGCCUCAUGAUCUCCAGCGACGCCUUCGAGGUGGACGUCUGUGGACAGUGCGGGCUGUUGGGAUACUCUGGGUGGUGUCACUACUGCAAGUCGUCGUGCCACGUUUCCUCCCUGCGCAUCCCGUACGCCUGCAAGCUGCUGUUCCAGGAGCUGCAGUCCAUGAACAUCAUCCCCCGACUCAAACUGUCGCGCUACAACGAGUGAACAGCUCAGGGACAGAAACUGUGAGUGGAAGGCUUAGAGUCAGAAACAGACUUAAGUUGAAGUGAGCAGAGAGAAGCAGGGUGAAGGCAGGACGUUUUGACUUUUUUGUUACUCACGACGAUGUGAAGCUCAGAAGAUGUUUGUGAUUUAUGUUGAUACCUUCUCACCAUUGUGCUCUUUGUAUGUGUACAUAAUAAACACAAAACGAUAAUUUCGCAAACAAC